AUGGCACACUACCGCAUUUACAUUUUGGCACGUAUUCUGUGGAAAUCAGUCUUGUCUUGUUCAUCCACAUCUUCUUCGCGAAACUUCCUCUUGCAACACCAUCUCCAUCGACACCACCGUGCAAAUCUCACCCAACAAAAACGAUGA